UCCCAUAAACCAUCAUAUUCCACUCUCUAGCAGCUGCGUUUUGUAUGUUUCAACAAUUUCCCAUUCCAAAUAAAAAAAAAACACCAACGAAAGAAAGCCCCCAUUUGUUGUGCGAAUGAGAAAAGACGCCGCCAUCCAACCAAACACAAAAAAACACACAAGAAAAAAGAAGAAACAAAAUUCUCUAAACCAAACCAAAUACCGAAAAAAAAACACACCACCGCUAGCAGCAGCCAGACAGCCAGUCGAAAAAUGGAAGUGGUCCAAGAAGUAGUUGUCUCGUGUAUCUUCGUUUAAAAAAGUAAAGGAUUUCUCUCGUUGCGCGCUUACCUAUAACAAAAAGAAGAAAGAAAAAAUAAAAUCAAAAAAAAAUUGUAAGAACAAUUAUAAAUUUAAUAAAUAAAACUAAUUUUUUUUUUUGUUUGUUAUAAAUAAAUCCGAUGCAAUUGUCACAACAAAUAGGAGGAAUUUUUUUUUAUUUGUAUGUGUUCCGAGUCGAAUUGGAAUUGAGUGGAAUUUGGUGAAAAAAAAGAGUGUUUAUAACGGAAAGUUAGCAAAAAAAAGUACCGCAAAUACAUAAAUAGGGUGUGCGGCGAAAAUUUAUAGAAAAAAAGUUUUCUAUUCUUUCCAAAAUAUACAAAAUUUUCCCAAAUUUAUGCCAAUUUUGUUGGGGGGGAAAAGUGCGUGUGUGCAAGCAAGAUAACGGUAAAGUGAAUUAGUGGGAAAAGUCCUUAAUUUAGAUGCAAAAAUAAAUCCUUUUUUUUUUACGAUUUUCCAAUCGUCAUUUUUUGUUGCUUUCUUUUAUUUGUGUCUCCUUUCGCCGCAUAUUUUUGGAUAGAAAAUUAACACAAUCAGUCGCCGUUCGACGAUCUGUUUGGAAGCUGGAAUAAAAUCUCCUCGCUCCUGGAGAAAAAGGGUGGAUUCUCUGGAUUAAAAAACUUGUUUUUCUUCUCACACAUAUAAAAAAGGACUUUUUGUCUUCGUCGUCGUCACUCGUCGGUGUCGUCCUUGUUGUCGGCGCGGAUCUUUUCCAUAAUCAGGAUUCAGGAUUAUUCUCUCGGUGGCAAAACUUUUUUGCAUUUAUUCAUUUAUUUGUUUUUGGGGAAAAAAAUACGAAACAAUCUUUGAUACAUUAAAAGUCUUAAAGAGCUCAAACUCAUUGGAUUACGUAGAACUACAAGUCGAACAACCUAAUGUGUGCGUUUAAGUAUCCAAUAAAAUAAAAAAAAAUUGCAAAAUUAUACAAGAAUAAACAAUAACACUUUAAAACAUAAAAAGUACUAAAAAAAAAUUACUUAAAAUGUCGUGUCGACGUAAUAAGUUUCAUCUCUUUGUAGUCUUUCUGAUGCUAAAGAAGACUUAACUACAAAAAAAAAGCAAAAUUGAAAAAAAAAAAUGUCAAAAAUCGUGUCAACCUAGAUUUUAAAGUAGUGAAAUUAAAAAUUGUGUUUUUUUUUUUAAAUUAAAAUAAUUGUGAAAGAAGUCAUUUAAAAAUAUUGUAAAAAAUAAUAAACAACGCGUUGUUUUGAGUAUUAACCUCGUAAAGAGUAAAAUUUAAUUUCCGUGUGAUUUUUUUUUUAUCACAACGUGAAUUUUAUUCUUUAAAGAUACUUCCUGAGUUGAAAGAAUUACAGAACUCAUCAUCAUCAAAAUGGAUCUUAGUUUAGAACGAGAUGGAUCUGCCCUUGGCAGUCUUUUCCAGCAGAUUAUUGCUGAUAUGAAGAACACAACACCACUGUGGGAUGACUUCCUAGCAAAAGCUGGCAAAUUACAUGCGUGUCUUAGAGCUGCCAUCCAGGCUAUUGCCGCGUAUUUGGAUGCCUUCCAAAAAAUCGCAGACGCCGCAACAAAUUCACGAGGUGCUUCCAAGGAAAUCGGUACCGCCCUGACACGUGUCUGUCUGCGUCACAAGGCAGUAGAAACCCGCCUAAAAACAUUCACAUCAGCAAUCAUGGAUUGCCUGGUAUUACCUUUACAGGACAAACUAGAAGACUGGAAACGCCAAGUCGCCACAAUCGACAAAGAACAUGCCAAAGAACACAAACGAUGUCGUGCCGAAUUGAAAAAACGUUCAACCGAUACACUACGUUUGCAGAAAAAAGCCCGCAAAGGCCAAUCCGAUGCUAUACAAUCCCUAGUUGAUUCCCAUAUGCACGAUGUCACGAUGCGUCGUGCCGAAUUAGAAGAAGUCGAAAAGAAAUCAUUGCGUUCGGCAAUGAUCGAAGAACGUAUGCGUUAUUGUACGUUUGUUUAUAUGCUCCAACCUGUUGUCAAAGAAGAAUGCGAAGUUAUGUCUGAAUUGGGUCAUUUACAAGAAGCAAUGCAAUCAAUUGCUAAUGUUACCAAAGAACCCAAUAUCCUGCCACCAUCUUCUGAAGAAUUAAUACACGAUGCUAAAUCAACUAUGAAUUUGUAUCCCGAGUCACCAGGUGGUGGUUCUGGAUCGCAAGGUUGUUCGAAUUCAUUGGGAUCACGAAAGAGUUCGGUGUGUUCGAUAAGUUCAAUGAAUAGUAGUGGUUCUAGUGGAUCACCUGGACAUCAUCAUUAUCCACGAUCUUUGUCUCAGUUAAUUUCACCUACGAUUCGCCUUAAGCCUGGUGAAUCCAGUGAUAGUGGUUUUUGCUCAUCGCCAGCUUUAACUUCUCAGGCUUCCACUGCAACAAGUCAAUCACAUGCUGUGUCCACAUGGCCACCACAUUCCCAGGACGUUCCUUCUACAGAUCGUCCACACACAAUAUCAUCGGCCUACGAAAAAGGUCAUCAGCGUCCGGCUCUAACAGUGUAUACUUUUCAAAAUCCAGAAACUAUAAUGGAAGCAUCAGCAACUCCUACACCAACAUCUCAGAAAUCACCAGGAAACGUUCUAUGUCGGCCACCAUUGCCAGUGUCAGGAUAUCGGCCGAGAUGCUCAUCACUUGAACGCCCUCUGUCAGCGAAUAACAAUGCACGCAACGGUACAGUUUUACUACCACGUCAGUGUCCAUCACCAAUUCCAGCCCAUGUAACUAAAGAGCUAUCACAUCUGCCACAACAGCAACAACAAAUCCAGCAACAACAACAACAAUAUCUGCAACAGCAGAUUCAACCACAACCAACUUAUGUCAAUAUGUCUGAGCUAGCUUCAAUGGCAGUUCAAAAAAUAACAAACCAACAACAACAGCAACAGCAGCAACAACAACAACAAAUAAUUAACCAAUUGCAACAACAUCAACAUCAGCAACCUAUUCAGCAGCAACAACAACCACAACAACAGCAAUCUAACCAUUCUGUAUUGCAACAGCAGCAAUCAACCGACUCUCACAGUUCGGUUUCAUCAGAAUCCUCUCUAGCUAACCAUCCCAAUCAUUCCUCAUCGAAUACUCCCUCCUUGCAUAGUCAUCCAUCCAUUGAAUCACAUCAAACUAAUGUCGGUUACAGUACAUACACACCGUCCAGUGGUGCAUCAACACCACAUAAUCACUAUUCGCCGCUGUUAACUAAUUCGCCUGCAACACCGCUCUCAGCCAAUGCUCCACCUCUAGUUGUGGGCUAUAUUAAUCCAUCUUCACAUAAUAAUUCCUCAUAUUCUCCAACAUCGUUAAAUUUGAAAGAUGACGAUGCUGGAGAUGGCGAGGAUAUUUUGAAAAUCACAGAGACUGAUAGUGCCACCAACACUAAUAACAGUACUAACAAUGCAUUUAAUAAUUCAAUUGACCAACAACAACCGAAUUGUACUCCAACUUCAGCAUCAUCAUCAACAGCACCAUUAGAGCCAAAUCAUCAAGAUUCAACGGAAUGUGAUGAACGUGUUAGGGCUUCUGUCUUGCAAAAGGCUUCGAUGUUUGAAAAACAAGCUGCUGCUGUAAAUAGUAGCCCAGUUCUACCACUGACCGGUGGUCGAAGUAAUCAUUCGAUAUCGUCUGGAGAGAGUGUCUAUUCGACACGAAAAGAUGAACUCAUUGUAAAGGGUGCAAAUGAUGCUGCAGCUGUGUCAAAUGAAAAGGAUAACGACCAAAUAGACAAACUUUACGAAGACUCCAUUCAAGAAUUAAAUGAUCUUAUUGGCGAAUUAGACUCCUUCCAACGAGAGCACGAAGCACGUGAAAAAUCCCACAGCAGUACUGACAAUGAGAAUCUAUCAGCAGUCACAUUGAUUCCAUCUCUGAAGGAUGUCAUUGCCAAUACAAAUUCCCAACAACAACAACAACCAUCAGCUACAGCAAUUAGUAAUGGAAGUGGAACCGAUGUGGAUUCUGACAAAAUCUCCAUCGGAAGCUUCAAUUACUCUACACAAAGUACAACAGCCAGUGAUGCAGCCAAGUUCGCCUAUUCGGACUCAGAACUGAGUCGUUUCGUAAGUGAAACAAGUUCAUUGGGAUUCGAAAAUCCUACAUUUGCUCAUUUCGUACAAUCGGAAGCAAAUGGCGAUGAUCUAUCAAUCGCUGGAGAAGAUUCCAUAUCAAAUGCACAACGUUCUAUGAAUGAUAACGAUUCUGGAAGUGGUGUGGUUGUGAUCUAUGAUCACACCAUUCCAUGCACUCCGGACAUUGAUUAUUGCAAACAAAAUUCUGAAAUAGUUGUGCUUCGUACUAAAGAUCCACAAACUCCAGAACCAUCAUCUUCAACAUCUCUGACUGCUUCCUUAACACAACAAGCAACUAGUGGUCUGCUGAUGGAGAAUCCCAAACAAAGGCUGAGCUCGUUUCGCAGCGAACAGUAUAUAACACCGCCGGACAAUAACAAUCGCAACAACACACUUCUUGUCAACAACAAUCAAGGUACGAAAACGCUGAAGAAGCCUACGCAGCUUCCAUCAGCGGAUAGUAAUAGUAGUAGUGGUACAGGUGGCGAAUACAAGCUGUCCAAGUUGAACUUGAACCGUAUCGUCGAUAGGAAAAUACCAAAUUUAAAUAGUUUAAGCAAUCAUAAUAAUAAUAAUAAUGAAUUAAGUAAGAACAACAACAACAAUAAUAAUAAUAAUAAUCACAACACCACCAUUUCACCAUUGAGCAAAGACUUUAAAGCAAGUUUAGACGAAAAGCUUCGUUCUCAACAGCAAAAGUUAGAUUCAAGUCAGCAAAUUAAACAACAACCAUCACAGCAAUUACAACAACAACAACAACAACAGUCACCUAAACAACAACAAAAAAAGUUGAAUUCGAAAAUUAUUUCAAAACCAUUACCACCAUUGCCACCAUUACCACCAAUUGCACAUUCAAUACCAUCAAUGCCUUCGCAUCAAAUCCUUAGAUCACCGUCAUUGUUGUCAUCAUCAUCGGUGGCGUCGGUGACGCCAUCAGUUCAGUCGUCGUUGCAUCCACAGGUGGCACCAACAACAACGGCGGCCUCGCCACCAGUGGUAGCAACGGUGAAGCCGAGCAUCUCACCACGUCCGGCUUCGUUGUCGGGCUGUGGCACUCGAAUUGCAAGACGUUCCUCGGUAAAUACAGCUAAACCACCGCCACCAGUAAGACGAAGUUCGUCCGUGACACCAAGUCAUAAUCAAUCGACACCGAAUUCACCAAAUCUAACUCAACAAAAUACAAUGAAUAAUUCGGUGGAGAAUCUGCCACCACCGCCAGCAUAUUUGUUGGAUCGACAACAUUCAAACAGUGUACCACAGACAAUAUCAGCUGCUGCUGCAUCAUCAAUUAAAGUAGCUGAAACUGUUAAAGCAUUAUCUGCGAUACGGCAUACGCCGGCAAGCCCCAGCGCAAUCAGGAGAGCACAAAACAUGUUAAAUCAACAGCAGCAACAACAGACUGCAACGAUUCAGAGUCAAAACCAUGAGAACAACAUUUAUUCAACAACUCCCCUGAUGCAUGAUGCUUCCCAAGUAGUAGUUGAGAAUAUAUACAGUAAAUCACCACCACAACCACCACCGAAAACACAACAAGUCUACCAACACUAUCAACAUCCUCAACCUCAUUCACAAGUAUCCCAACAACAACAACAGAUGGCGCAGCAUUAUAAUCAUAACAAUGAUCGUGGUGGUCACUAUCGAAAUUAUAACCAACAACACCAGCACCAACAAAGUAAUCAUCAUCAUCAUCACCAACAGGUGCAACAAUCUCUGCCUUCACCACCACCCCCACCGCAUGAGCAGUCAAUGGUACCCCCACCAUUACCCCCACCAAAUCCCCAACCGCCAAAACACCAACAACACACUACAACGAACACAAACAAUCAUAACAAUUGUGAUAGUAAUUCUUCCUUCAGAACGAGUUGCAACUCACCGGGCAUUUAUGCUCAACCAAAACAGGUGAGCAAUAUGUCAAGCUUCCGCUCGUCCAGUCCAGGACCACAGCUACACCAGCAAUCACACACUCCUCCGGCUCAGCCAAAGACAAAUCCUAUUCUGAUUGCCCAACUAAAUGCUCGACUCAACAAGCAACAGCAACAAUCAGAAUAUGGCACCUACCAAAUAGCAGCGCACCAACAAGACAAUAAUCGCUCAGUGAUUAGCGCCCAUCACCAGCCCUUAUAUGGAUCCACACCAAGUUCACCACAUCAUCAGCAACACCAUCAUCACCAGCAACAGCAACUAAACCAAAUCUACAACACAGCCACGACAGAACAGAUAUACUCACGCCAAGCGAACGAUCGUUAUCACCAGGGUCAGCAGCAGCAGCAACAGCUACACCAACAUCAACAAAUGCAACACCAACAACAGGCGCAGCAACAAUACGAUGACUACUCGUCGGUGAAUAACGAUAAAUCAGGUAGCAUCCGAUCAAAGACCAAAGCUGAAUUCUUAGAGAAUCUUAAUGCAAAAUUGGCCAAACAGGGCAUCUCUGGACGAGCAUUCGCUGUGCGAAAUCUAAUCAACAGUAAAGCAUUGUGUUAUCAAAAUCCGAAAAAUUUGUCACGUCCAAGUUCACAAUAUCGACGUUCGUCAAAUAGUUGCGAGCAUAACUAAGACAAACCCGAUCCUCGAUUGUGUCACGAGUCCUUGAUGGAUCAAAUUAAACGUGGCGCAAAUCUCAAGCGAAAUCAAAAAAUUAACGACAGAAGUGCCCCGAAAAUACACUAAACAAUAAAAUUUAAUUAUUUAUGAUAUACAUAAUACGCUAAACUACUUUUUUUUUGUUUUAAAAUAAUAUAUAAGAAACAAUUUAUAAUUAAAAGUUGAAUAAUAAUUAUUUUUUUCUUUUUAAUUAACAUUAUUUUGUUUUUUUUUUUAUUAUGAAAUUUACUAACUUAUUAUUUAUUCAUUAAAAUGAAAUACAUUAAUAUUAAAAAUAAAGCACAUUAAAUUUAGUUUAUUUAAUUUAUAAUAUAUUGUUUUUAUUCUAAUGAAACAACAAAAAAUGGAAAACAAAUGAAGAAUACUGAAUUAAAAAAAAAAAACAAUAACUUUCAGACAAACAAUGUUGUAGCAAAAUAAUUAAGUUUCCAUUUAUUAUUUUAUUUUUGUUUAUAAAGAAAACUUCUUGUUUAUUUUUUUGUAUAAUUAAAUUUGUUUAAUAUUGAUGAAAAAAAAAAAUUGGAAAAUUAUACCGAAUAUAUUUAUAAAUAUGUAUAACUAACUUUAUAUAGAUAUUGUGCAAAAAAAAAAUGUAUUGUAUGGAUUUAUUAAAAAAAAAAAUAUUAACAGAAUAAAAUUUUUAAUAUUAAAGAAUAAUGAAAAUAAAACAAUGCGUAUGAGAAGAGUAUUUUUUAAAAUAUGGGAUGUGUUAAUGUGUGAGGUACUAAUUUUAUAGUUGAAAUGAAUCUAUUCGUUGUUAGAUGUACCUAUUUGAAGUUCUCUUUAGUUUAUAAAAAAAAAAACUAAAAAUUGUAAAUUUCUCCUUUGUUUAAUUUAUUUUGGUUUAACUUUUUGUUUCUCGUAUUGCCGAAGAAUGGAAUUUUUAUCCCAUCCUUUAGACAUAUUUUUUUUUCUUUUCAUUAAAAUAUGUAAUUAAAUAAGAAGAAUUUAUAUUUACACAAAAAUCCAAAAUAUGUACUGGUUGAAAAUAUUACUUCCUUGAAACAUAAACACAAAAAAAUACAAAAUAAAACAAAAAAAAUAUCUUGCGUUAUAUGCGUUCAAUAACAUAUCUCUUUUUUGAAACAAUUUUUUUAUUACAUAUUCGGCUACUUGCUGUAUGUUUUUUGUAUACAUUUAAAAGAAAUAAAACCAAUUUUUGAAAUUAAUAAAAAGAAAAAAAAAACAACCUCUUCAUAAAAGUAUAAAAAAAAGAAGAUGUCAAUUUAAAAUUAUUAUAAACAAAAAAAAAAAAAGAA